AUGACUCAAUCGUUUGUGGAAACAGCUAAAUAUCUGUCGUCCUCGACCUUCGAUCCUCCGCCAUAUCUGCGGCCUUCCGGUGGACCUUACGAAACAACAUACACAGCUUCGUUUCAAACAGGCAGACCGUACACAUCGCCUCACACGUUCAGGCCACUCUCAAGAUCUUUUGAAUUCCCAUCUAAGAUCUUAAACGGUUCAUCUUCUGGAUUGGAACAUUUGCCAUACACUGCUGUGACACAAAGAGCCAUACAUAAGUAUACACCUCAACAAUGGAGAACCUCGAACGUUUUGAAUGUUUCAUCUGGUGAGAAGGAGCGAGCAACUGCAGAGAGGCUACGGGAUGAAUGUUCGCGUCUUCGAACGGAAACAGCUCUUUUAACUCAUAGAACACAGACGGACGUGAACAAGAAGCUGGAAUAUCGCAUUAGUGACAUUACAUACUGGAAGACCGAGUUGGAGAAGCAGCAUGCGGAAACUGUGGCUGAGAUCAAGGCAUUACAAGCGUUCAUCGGCCGCUUGGAGAAGGCUUUAGCCGCUACUGAACGGCCUUUGAACGUAUCUAAGCAAUGCUUGGAAUACAGAGAAAGGAGAGUCAAGGUCGAUCUUGUGCAUGAUAAUGUGGAGACACACAUAAGCAAGGUAAGAUGAUCUCUAGUCAGGUCUAUUGCUGGCGCCAGCAACGCGUAGAACCUUGUUUAAUCAACAGCUGUUUUUUUUUAAUUGAUGCUUUAGCCACACUUCUUUUCCCUUAUUUCAAUAAUGAUUUAAGCACAAGUGGGAAAGUUGCAGUUUUUGUCUGGUUUAGCGUUUUAAUAUGGUAAAAAAUUUAAUAAAUGCUCAGAAUAGUUGAAUAGAAGUGCUGAGUUUUGCAGACGGUCUUGUUCGAAGUCCCUGUGUUUAUUGGGUGACAAAAAUAUUUAAUUGUAUAGCACCGGAGCAGUUAAAAAUAUUGGCGAGAUUUCGGUAACAGAGAUCAAUAGUUUAUUAUGCUAAUUUAGAUCCUCUUGGAAACCGAUUUGUAUUAAGUCACAUGAAUGAUUUUGUUUUCCAUUCACUUUGCCCUCACAACAGCGUUAUCAUGACUAAAGUGUCACCGGAUUGAUUUUUAAAAUUCCCUUCAUUUCCGUGAUAACGAAAGGAUCCUAAAGGCGCUAAAUAGUUAUUCUCGCAAAACAGGGGGAGACUUAAACUUGUAUCCAUUUUUCUUCUGAUUUAGUAAUUAAGCGUCACUAACGCUGACUAUUGUUUAUACAACAACGAAAUGUGAACACAAAUUCUCUUCUUCGACCGAAGCGAUAGCUUGACCUUAUUUUUCUUUGUUAUAAUUUCCUAAACAUAUAUUUAUUAUAAGGACCCUGCAUUAUAAAGUUCUGUUAUUUUUACCCCUAAUUUUGGUAAUUUUUUUUAUGCUUUUUUAAAUUUGCCAAACAAUGUGGUUGUUAUGACAGCCAGCUAUUCGUGCGUGAAAUGUUUAUAUGUAUACUUUUUACAAACUAUACCGAAACGUUUAAAUAUAAUUAAAUUAACUUUCCACGAGUGUAUUUUUCUUGCAGUGUAUAGAGAAAUUCAAGUUAUAAAAAACGUUCAGUUUGACUCUCAUACAAAAAGAAACACCGCUUUGUUUCGGGUAAAAAUAAGGAAACUCAGUCAGCAAUAGUCUUCACCAUUGCUUUGUUUUUUAGGAAGUGGAAAUGAUUGAGAAUGUGCGCGCUUUAUUGAAGAAAACAAUGGACCAAGCCCAUGAACAAUUGUGGUAAGUUCUUUUCCUCUCCUUUGGUGCCAUUGACACCACGUGCUAUGAAAGUAAACAUUUCUGAUAAGCCUUCAGAUUUCUUUUUACAUUUGUUACGUUAUUAUUUACUGGUCUACUAGUCUACCUGACUAGCAUUAAAAUUUUAAUCUUCGUCUGUUGGAAAUUUAGACAAUUGUUUUAAAACUUUGCUGUUUAACCGCAAUUCAACUUUUUACAAUAUGUUGCUUAGCAGUUUUAAACGUUUUCUCGUUUAAAAUACGGUACACCUGAACCCCUUUCCCUUGCUUGAUUCUAUUGAGAAUGUGCUACGAACUCAAGACAGGUUCUUUUCUGGGGUGUCUAGUCUGAGGUGGUUUCCUUGUGAAUUUUUAAAUAAUCUUGAAUUAUAAACACCUGCGAUUAACUAUUCUAUGCUUUCCCACAAUAUUUCAGGUUGCUACGCUCUGCUAAAACUCUGUUAGAAAAGGAUCUUGGCGACAAGUACGGGUCCCUCCAGAUAGAUGGCAAAUGCUCUACGCUGAACAACUUCUCCAGGGACAUUCAUUUUGCUCCUCAUUCAGUCACUAUUCAACAACAGUAAGCUUCAUGUGCUCAUAUCUCCUCCAGUGUGCCUUAUUUAUGAUUGUGUGAAAACAAUUUUCAAACGUAAAAACACCUACUGUUAAUGUCUAAAAAAAACCCAUUUUUUUAAGGAGGCCGAAUUAUUGUACAAUGUUAUUUUUAAAAGUUACCCCAAAAAACAAAAGUUAAAAUUUUUAAAACAUCCAUUGCAGAGAUGCAGGCUGUUUUUCCUUUUAAAUCGAGUUAUUUCUAACUGUAUCAUUGUCCUUCGUUCUUUGUGAUUUCAGUUCCUUCACUCCUGAUGAAUGGGAAGCGUACUCUUCAGAGAACAUUGCUAAAGCUGAGCGAGAGCGUAAAGCCUCGGUGGCUUUACGAUCAGAAAUCAAUGGAAUCCUCAUGCAGACCUAUGUUGAUCUGAGAAACAUCUUUGAGACCGUUAACAAUGAGUUCACCAAACGCAUUGAAGAGACGACUAUUGCUAAAAAGUCACUUGAGAAGGAAUUAACAAAGGUAAAGUACUUGCUCUGAGUCUUGUCUUUUUUUGCCUUAAGCAUUUUAGCCUCUUCUAAGAAAGAAACACUGGAUUCCUUCGAAGGGCAAGACUGACAGUCAACCAGAAUAUGAUGUUUUUUUGUGGAGGAGCAAAGUCCUGGAAUUGAGUGUUCACGCUUGAAAACCCUGGAAUGGAACUCCUGACUGCGCUAACUACAGCGCCCAGUCUAAAGAAUCUAAAGGGCUGCUGCAUAAACCCACCCCUUUGGUUGAGAUUUUUUCCGUUACUGUUCAACAUUACUCUGAUUAAACAAGUAUUUUAUUAGGUCCUAACCCCAGACUUUCUUUCUUUAUUAAGGUUAUGGAUGAGAUAGCGUCCAUGGAAAACAACAUCCGCGAUCUCAAACAAGCGAUCGCGGACAAAGAAAAUCCUCUCAAAGUUGCUCACACCAGAUUGGACAAGCGUUCAUUAAGACCUAAUGUGGAGCUGUGCAGAGACCCUGUCCAGUACCGCUUGGUCGGUGAAGUCGGGGAGAUCACCGUUUCUAUUGAUCGCUUGCGCAUGCGUUUGGCUGAAGCUGAGGCCUCUUUAAUGGCGUUACUUAGGAACAAGGAACGUUUGGAGGAUGAUAUCGAGGUUAAGACCAACAGUCUGUUUAUCGACCGCGAUCAGUGCAUGGUGAUUCGCCAGCAAGUCCGUCAUAUUUCUCACUAAUGACUUUGGAAAAGUGAAUGAUGAAAGAGAACAUAAGAGGGCACUGUUUUAAAGAUAAAGUUGUGUCAAUGUUGAAAACGAAAUUUAUUUUCCAUCCGCACUGGCAAUUUUUUUUACUGAAAUCAAUGUAUCUUUCGCUAAGUUUCUUUGCCCAAGAAAUAUCUGCCGGAUUAUAGAUAAAUCGAGUUACUUUACUAUAGAAUUACUGGUUGACACACUCAUUUCCAUAAGGCAACAAUAAAGUAGUGUAUAAAGUGUUAUUUCAAGCCUUUUAUAAUUACUUUAUACGAAUCAAAGAAACUAAAACGAAUAAGGUUCAAAUAGGGUUCAUCAGCUGUAAAGAUACGUUGACGAAAUUCACUUUUCAGGCCACUAGUGUGAUAAUACACUAAGCAUGCACAAAUGAAAACACGUCACUACUUAA